AUGGACGUACAUGGUGAUAACAGGAAUGUAAAAUCCAGUCUAGCGUCAGACGUAGGACCACCGGCUUCAGCUACUGUAACCUUGCAGGUUGAACGAUUGAAUGGGACACAGCACGGAAGCUCCCAAACUCUAUUCAACAUCACGCCUGAUGUAUAUGGUACAUUUAGAGCUGAUAUUGACGCACAAGCACCUGUUUUAGCACCAGCGGCACCUGCUUCUCCACCUGCACCAGAACAAGAGGCAAGACUAGUUGCUGAUACUGUCAGAGUUGGAGAAUGUCCUGGUGCUACCAGCGACGAGGCUAUGGACCUUGAUGGUGGCGGUACCCCGUGCCUUGACGACGACACGCAACCAAUAGAAGGCGACUCGAUCUCUCAGGCAUCGUUCAUGGUGAAUGGGAGAGUAUGA